AUGAACGGCAUCCGCCAGGUCCAGGCGCUCAAUAAGCGCGAGCUCGAAAAUGCCAUACCACCAGAAGCAUCAUGGCAUGCGGACUAUCGCGAUACAGCUUACAUCUACAUUGGCGGGCUUCCAUUUGAUCUCUCCGAAGGCGACAUCGUGGCAAUCUUCUCACAAUAUGGCGAGCCGGUGCACGUAAAAUUGGUUCGCGACAAGGAAACAGGCAAGAGUCGAGGGUUCGCGUUCCUCAAGUACGAGGACCAGCGCAGUACAGAUCUGGCUGUGGACAAUCUGGGUGGCGCAACCGUCUUGGGGCGCAUGCUCCGCGUAGACCAUACCCGAUACAAGAAGCGGGACGACGAAGAGGAGGAGGAAGAAAACAACGUGGCUAAAUUAAUGGGCGAUACGGAGAUUAGCGGACGCAGCGAAGGAGAUAGCUGGAGAAAGAGAAGGACGAGCGAUGCGUCGGACCGGGAAGAGAGGCGGCCUGUGUUGAGAGAAGAGAGGGAACUCCAGGAGUUGAUACAAAACCACGACGAGGAGGACCCCAUGAAGGAGUUCCUCAUUGAUGAAAAGAAGGAAGAGGUGGCGCUCGCUGUCGAAAAACUGAAGAGCAGCGGCAAGAGAUCAUCCCGGCGACGAGACGACAGCAGGGAACGAUCCAGCCGGCAUCAUCAUCGCCGGCACCGGUCCCAUUCGCGCGAACGCAGACAUCGCGAUGACCUUUCUCCGGGGCGGCAGAGGAAAUCCCGUCAUCGGUCACCGCGUGACGAGAGAUCAAGAAGGGAUCGAUCGCCAGUGAGAUCGCGCUCGCCUGAGUCUCGGAGGCAUCGAAGUGAUCGGGACAGACGGGAUCGCCGUCGGUGA